AUGGAGGGCGGCUGCAUGCUGGUGGUGUUGAAGUCGCAGGACUGUCUUGUGGUGGUCUCCAUCUUCCUGCUCGCAUGCAGCUCGAUCCUCAUAACCUGCGGCUCUAUCCUCCUUACCCUGCUCGAGACCCCCGAGUACUGUCAGAUCUUAGCACGGCAAUGCCAGCAGUUCGGUCUGGAGGAUCUACAGAACAUCUCAACGAUCUGUGGGUACGACAACCACAGAUGUUAUGUACAGAACGUCUUUCCGAUCUCACUGCAGACCAUUGCUGUCUACUGUUGCUAUCUGACUAGUACCAUUCCUUUCUUCAUCGGCACCUGGAACCUUUGCUUCAUGCGAGUGCGGUGGCGAUGUUCGGUACGUCAGGUGGUAGCCCUCGGGCUCUUCGUCUUGGUAGGAGCAGUCUUCUGCGCCAUCUCAACCUUUGUCACGUUGAACAGCUUUCGCGUUGCGUCGGGUCAAUGUGACAAUAUUAACAGUAGAAGCUCGAACCCUUGCUCUCAGUUCCUGGCCUUGCUUGUUGUGUUUUCUGUGAGCAACAUGUUGCUGAUAGCCUUGUUGACCAUGUCGAUGGUGAUCUUCCUCCUCAACAUCACCAUCGCGAGCUCGCAACAAGCAAUGCCGGCGCAGCAAGAGGAGGCCGAGGAGUCUGAGAGCGAAGAAGACGCUGCCGUCAGCCCUGUCGUACAUCCCAAUCACCGCUUCAGAUGUUUGCAGAGUCUUCGCGCCAACAAUCUCAUGAAGGUAGACUUUGAAGCAGCCCUGUCGGGCAACGUGAAAGUGCAAGAGGAAGCCAUGAAGCUUCUCUUCACCCCAGUCAGCGUGUCGAUAUGGGACUCGCCCUACAGUCCCAGUCAGACCAACGCUGGCUUGUUUCGAGGAGUGACGUUCAGGGUAGUUGUCUAUCAAGUCCCGCCCUUCGUGAACAUCGAAGACCCCGAGGCGACAUCGCUGGGGGAUCCAGGGAACGUGAAGCAGAAGCGCAACUACGUCAACGGCAAGAUAUCAGGCUUGAUUAUCGACCUCCUGGAGCAGAUUAAGACCCUUCUCAACUGUGAAUUCGAGUACCUCUAUCCAUGCAAGAAGUCAGACAACACCUGCUACGCUGCUGACUUCGCCUCCUCCUCUGCCGCCCUCCAGAUGCUCAACGUUGACGGGCCGGAGUCAAGCCUCUACUACGGGGGAGGAGCUGACAUGUGUCCGGACUUCAACUGCCUGGUCGGAGGGAACGUCAAGAUAUCGGAGAAGAACCUGCGCAACUACUUCUUCACACAGCCUUUCCUUCAGAACGGAUUCGUGCUCGUCACUCGAUCGGGAGAGGCAGAGCCAAAUAUCAUGAGCUGGGCUGAUCCCAUGACCUCGUUCGUGUGGACCAUCGUCAUGAUCGAAGUCAGCGUCGUCGCUCUUUGCCUCUGCUUCACCGAAGGGUACGGAUUCAUCAACAGCCUCUCCGAGUUCAGGUGGAAUCCAGUCCGUCUCCUCGUCGAGGGGUUCUACUGGUCGCUUCUCCAGCUGUUCGGGGCGGCUGCCAGGACUCCGGUGACGGUAGCUGGGAAAAUCUUGAUCGCCACUCAGCUGUUCUUCAAGCUCAUCCUCAUCUCCGUCUACACAGGGAACCUGAACUCCUUCCUGUCCUCCGUCCCGACCAGCACUAGAGUGGGGCGGAUAGAAGAUUUCUUCAAGACUACUAAGGGCUUCUCCAAGAGCAACAGCAUCUGCGUACCCUCGGAGAACCCAUCAGUCCAGCAGUACCUCCAGCUGCUGUCGGAGAACAACCCGGACUUCCAGUACCAGCGAGUCAACGGGACGACGGUCGAUGACUGCCUCAUGGCAGUCUACCUCAACAAGGCCACAGCGACUUUCUACGAUCAGCCGGUUGUGAUAGCGAAGCUUGCGUCCUCCUUCUAUCAGAACAGCCUGUGCGGUAACGUCGGGGGCUACUGCAGGGACCCCAACGCGACUACCAUGAAGACUCUGACAAACUUGACCGACCUGACCAAGAUCCCCAUCAACUCGGAGGUCACGCUCACCGUGCUAGGAGAAGAAGCAUGUAUCUGCCCUUCACUAGACGUUCAGUACAACUGCAUCAACAGCAACAACUACGAGUUCCUCGGUGUUUCAGGCAGUCUGGUCACUGUCGGCGAGCUCUUCAACAACUUCGGCUAUGGAUUCGCGUUCCGGAGGUCCGUAGACCCUAAGGCUCUCAAGUACACGACCUUCAACCAGGGUUCUCAGCUUGUGUGCCCGGGCUCAGGCCAGGGUCCCGUCACCCUGCAGCUGAAGAACGUGUCCGGCCUCUUUCUCUUCACUGGCUGCGGAGUCCUGCUGGGGACUCUCAUCGGACUAGGCGAGCUGCUGGUCAAGAUCAGCAUCGCCUGCUUCAAGUGCUGCAUGGAGUUUAAGAAGAGGGUUGAGGCUGAAAUCAAAGAUUAUGCUGACACUGUGAAACGUGAGCAAGGGCUUCCUGUUGAGCCUGAGCUCUCCGAGCACGGAAGGUUUGUACAGAACAUUGUUGACUCACUGGAUGAUACCAAGGAGAAAAUUCAGGAGAUUGAGAGCAUUUUAAGGAGGGUAAACAAGUGA